CAUUAAUUAAGUUACAAAAUUAAAGAAAAAGGAACCAAUGGAGAGGAUUUUGGUCCCCGUGCUUCGUAUAUUAGAACAAGCCACGUCAAAUUUCCGUCCCCGGUGAUUUUCGUUUAUUUUCGUUUCUAAAAACAUGAUGGACUGAAACGAAACUCUUUGUAUAGAUUAAUAAUAGUAAUAUAGAUAUAGUAGAUCUAUAACCCCUCCCUCUCCCGAUCUCGCUCUUUCUCACAUCAAACGGAACUGAAGUAGUAUUCACCCAGUGUGCCGACUGAAACACAACAAUUGUUAGUCGUUCAAACAAACCCUAUUCACUGUCAGUGACAAACCAAUCCGGAGUGGUAGAGAUUGCAGAGCUUUUGUGAAGUAGAACGCAGCUUGCCGGAAUGGUAUUCCGUUGGCCAGCGAACCACCCAGAUGUUGAUUAUGUCGCGCCAAUAUCAAGUGCGCUAGUUGUGGGUCGUUUGAUCCGAUGCAGUCGGAGGCUCGAGCAAGCUCGUCCACGAAAUCGAACCCAGACUUCCCCUCAAUUUGAUGGUAAAUUGGUAAUCAUCUCGAAUAUUUGAAUUGAUGCGAGUGAAAUUGACGAACUAGUUCCGACCGAGACAGAAUAUUGAAAUUCAGUGAAAAGGGAGUUGGAGAGUCAAGUCAGUGAAUUGGGGAAUAAAUCCCACAUCGUUCAAUGGUGAAUUCCAAUCCAACCCAGAAGACCCAGUUGGUUUGCUGUGAAUUUGGUGGUGGUGGUGAAGGUUGUGGGGUGGGAAUGGUGGCGGGUGGUUGUGAGGGCGAUGAUGGUAGCGGUGAUGCCACAUAUUGGUUGUGGGGCGGCGCUGCUGGUGGUAUGUAUAUUUAUAUGUAUAUAUAUUGAUUAUCCAAGACUUGCAGUUGACUUGGAAAAUGUAAUGGAAGACUUGCAGGAGAGCCAAACACGCUCCAAUAAAGUGGACCAGCACUAGAAAGACUUGACUUAAGACUCUCUCUCUCCCUCCCUCUUAAGUUAAAUGGAAGUGUUCAAGAAAGUCAUUUUAUGAAAUUUCCAUGCUGAUAUAGAAUUUUUUUUUUUUUUUUUUCAGUUCAUGGUCUAUAGAGUUGCUCAUUGCUUGAGAGUUGAACUGAUGGGGAGUAUUUUAGUUCCUUACCUAAUUUUCGCUAUUAUCAGUAGCAUAACACCAGAAUUUUCUUGUAAUGGUGAUGUCAAUUUCACAAAUUGUUUGGAAUCAAACCGUGAAGCUCUCAUUGAAUUCAAAAAUGGUCUGAAAGAUGCCGAGAACAGGCUUUCAUCAUGGCGUGGAAGCAAUUGUUGUCAGUGGCCGGGGAUCAGGUGUGAUAACAGAAGUGGAGCUGUCACUGUAAUCGAUCUUCACAACCCAUUUCCAUCAUGUGGUUACUACUGGUUUUAUCUAUCAUGUUCUGAUCCUCCAACCAGGUAUGGAUUUUGGAACUUUACCGGAGAGAUUAGACCUUGAUUGCUUAAACUCGAGUCCUUGACAUACUUAGACUUGAGUUACAAUACAUUUCAGGACAUUCCAAUUCCUGAAUUCUUUGGUUCUUUGAAAAAUUUGCGAUAUCUAAACCUGUCAAAUGCAGGGUUUACUGGCAUAAUUCCUCCCAAUUUGGGAAACCUUUCUAGGUUGAAAUAUCUUGAUGUUUCUUCUGAACCCUACCUUGUAAGUGUUGAUAAUCUUCAUUGGAUGACUGGCCUUGUUUCACUAAAGCAUCUUGAGAUGAACGGAGUUGAUCUAUCUGUGGUGGGUUCAAGCUGGGUAGAGGUGCUAAAUGUACUCCCCUUUUUAACUGAGUUACAUCUUUCAGAAUGCAGGCUUUCUGGUUCUAUUUCAUCUCUUAAUUUCACUGCACUUGAAGUUGUAGAUCUUAGUGGUAACAGCUUCAACUCCAAGUUCCCUGAUUUGCUUGCAAAUCUCACCAGUCUUGUACAUGUCGACAUGAGUAGUAGCGCCUUGCAUGGAAGAAUUCCGCUUGGUCUCAGUGAGCUGCCAAGCUUACGUUACUUAGACCUUGGAAGCAACUUCCUUAGUGCCAGCUGCUUCAAACUGUUCAGUGGAAGCUGGAGAAAAAUAGAGGUUAUCAAUUUUGCUUCUACUAUAUUACAUGGGAAACUUCCUUCCUCCAUUGGGAACUUGACAUUUCUCACUUACUUUGAUCUGUCUUAUAAUUAUGUAGAGGGUGGAAUCCCCAGCUCCAUUGGUAGACUUUGCAAUUUGAUAUAUAUUGAUUUAAUGGAUAAUAACUUGACAGGAAGUUUACCUGAAUUACUUGAAGGGAAUAGAGACUGUGUUUCCAAGAGUCCUUUGCCUAGUCUUUUGUCCUUGUUUUUGAGCUCCAAUCAACUAGUUGGUAAGUUGCCAGAAUGGCUGAGUCAGCUUGAAAAUCUUGUACAUCUUGCACUGGACAAUAACUUGCUUGGAGGUCCCAUCCCUGCUGCUCUAGGGACACUGAAAAAUUUAACCAUUAUCGAUCUUGGAGGGAAUGAAUUUAAUGGAACUCUGCCAAAGAGUUUUGGGCAGCUUUCUAAUUUGUUUGUCUUGGCUGUUUCUUCCAACCAUUUUACUGGAACUCUCCCCCACAGUUUUGGGCAGCUUUCUAAUUUGUCGGUCUUGGAUGUUUCUUCCAAUCAUUUGACUGGUACCAUCUCUGAGGAGCAUUUUGCAAAGCUAAGCAAGCUGGAUGCCUUGUUCUUUUCCUCAAAUUCCUUCAUUUUGAAUGUCAGUACCAAUUGGGUUCCUCCAUUCCAACUUAACACUCUUGAAAUGGGUUCAUGUCACUUGGGUCCUUCAUUUCCAGCUUGGAUUAAAUCUCAAAAGAAUCUCAUGAACCUUGAUUUGUCAAAUGCCAGCAUUUCAGGUACUAUACCAACCUGGUUUUGGGAUAUCUCUUCUAAUCUAGACCAGUUAAAUGUUUCCCUCAAUCAGUUAAGCGGUCAGCUUCCAAAGCCUUUAAAUGUAUCUCGCAUUGGGCAUCUCGAUUUAAGCUCCAACUUCUUUGAAGGACCAAUUCCUCUUCCUAUUCACCAGAUUGCGUUAGUGGAUCUCUCCAACAAUCAAUUUUCUGGUCCAAUCCCUCAGAAUAUAUUUGAAGGCGCGACAAACUUGGCCCUUCUCUCUAUUUCCAAUAACCAACUAACAGGGAAAAUACCUUCCAUCGGAGGAGUAAUGCCCACCCUUUACAUCAUUGAUCUUUCUGGGAAUAACUUAACAGAGAGUAUUCCUUCAAGCAUUGGGAACUGUAUUCUCCUAAAGGCUUUAGACCUCAGAAACAACAGUUUGUCUGGGAUGAUUCCAAGUACUUUGGGUCAGUUGGAACUACUUCAAUCAUUGCAUCUAAACGACAACAUGUUUUCAGGAGAAAUCCCCUCUUCUUUCAUGAACUUGUCAAGUUUAGAGACUCUGGAUCUUGGAAACAACAGGUUAUCUGGUAAUAUCCCAACAUGGUUAGGAGUUGGUUUUGCUAACCUUAGAAUUCUUAAGUUGAGGUCAAAUGCAUUUUCUGGUGGAAUUCCCGCUAAUCUUUCACAUUUAAGUUCUCUGCAAGUCCUUGACCUUGCUCAAAACAAUUUUACUGGUAGCAUUCCAAUCAGCCUUGGUGACCUGAAAGCUAUGGCACAAGCGCACAAAGAAAAUUUACAUCUGUUAUAUGGGCUGUUCAGUGACCGGUACUACGAAGAAAGCUUGGUUGUGAAUAUAAAAGGGGGGACUCUAACAUACACCAAGACUCUGUCCCUGGUGACCUCCAUAGACCUGUCUGGAAAUCAUUUAAGUGGGGAGUUUCCUGUGGAUAUAACAAAAUUGUCGGGUCUUGUGGCCUUGAACUUGUCAAGUAACGAAAUCAGUGGCCAAAUUCCUGAAAACAUUUCAAGUUUGCGUCAAUUAUCAUCUCUUGAUCUGUCAAGUAAUAAGCUCUCGGGUGCAAUUCCUCCAAGCAUGCCGUCACUAACAUUUUUGGGUUAUCUGAAUCUAUCGGAUAAUAACUUCUCAGGUAGGAUACCAUAUACGGGGCAGAUGACGACUUUUAGUGAGUCUGCUUAUGCUGCAAAUCCUAGUCUCUGUGGACCUCCCCUUGUUGCUAAAUGCCGAGGUAAGGAUUCAGAUAAAUCAAAGACUGUUGAGAAUGACGAUGGCAAUAGUUUCAUUGACAAAUGGUUUUACAGUGUUGGCUUGGGAUUUGCUGUUGGACUUCUGGCUCCUUACUUGAUCAUAGCAACAAGAAAAUCUUGGAGCCAUGCAUACUUUAGUUUCGUGGACAAAAUCGUAUACCGAUUACCAUGCGUGAGAAACAGAAGAGCAAUUUGCAAAUGGUAGCAAUUCACAAAUGGUGAAAAUGCACGGCGUGGAAUGGCUGAGAUCAAGAUCUCUGGAUAUGUGGCUCCUGUGCCUGUACCUGUACCUGUACCUGAAUCUGGAUGGAUUGUUGCUGUAAGUUCAUGGUUGCCCUGGCAAAGGCUCCUUACUGAUUUUUCAUUAUAAUUUAUAUGUAUAAUACUAUAUAGUAGGAUUUGGUUUCGAGUUAGUUAAAUUCAGGUUUUGUGUGGAUGUGAGUCGUGCAGUGUGUGAUUUUUAUAUAUGUAGAGGAAAUGUAUUUCCACCAAACAAAAGUAUUAACAUACUCUCAUUCUAGUGUACUUGGUUGUGAUGGAUUUGGGAGAUGAAAUGAAUUUAAGGUUAAA